UUUUGGGGGGGCGGUCGCACUGGGCACCUCCCCACCCCGGUGCCCCCCAGGCUGAGCGCGGUGCCCCGCUCCCUGCUUCGCUGCCUCCGCUCCCCGAGACGCCCUCACGGCUCCUGCACCGUGGGCAGUUCAUCACCCCGGGCCAUGGCGGGGCUGAAGCCGCUGGUGGCCGUGGUGCAGGUCACCUCCACCCCGGACAAGGAGGGGAACUUCGCGGCCUGUGCGGGGCUGGUGCGGGAGGCGGCCGGACGCGGCGCCGCCGUCGUCUUCCUCCCCGAGGGUUUCGACUACAUCGGGCGCAACGCGGCGCAGACCCUCAGCCUGGCCGAGGGGCUGGACGGGGACCUCAUGGGACGCUACUCGCAGCUGGCCAGGGACUGCGGCGUGUGGCUCUCCCUUGGUGGUUUCCACGAGCGUGGCCAGGACUGGCCCACCACCCAGCGCAUCUACAACUGCCACGCGCUGCUGGACCCCACAGGUCGCCUGGUGGCCGCCUACAGGAAGACCCACCUGUGUGACGUGGAGCUGGAGGGACGUGUCUCCAUGAAGGAGAGCAGCUUCACCAACCCCGGCACCGAGAUCCUGCCCCCCGUCCCCACACCGGCAGGGAAGGUAAUGGGACGGGGGGGAAAACCACACACAGACCCCCCACACACACACCUUGGGG